UUGGCGUUGACCAGUGUCUUCUGAUUCCGACAUGCGACCGUUUAGUUUAAAAUAGGCGACGUUGGCCAAUCAGGUAAUCACAAACGCAAUAACGCAAAGGGUAUAAAUGGUAAUUAAUAAUAACUAAUCUAUACUAUUAUAUUCAACGGAGUUUUAUCCUCAAUUCGCAUCGAAGAUCGAAACAUGGAAGACUCAACGAUCCUAAACACCACAACGUAUCUAGAAGCGUUGGCGCAAGGAAACGGUUUAAGCGAGAUAGAGGUUUUAAUCUUACAAGGCUUAGAACUCAUCCAUGUCGGAAAAGGAAUCAUACGAUGUAAACUACUCGUCACGGAUCGCGUCGCGGGAGAUGAUGGAACUUGGCACGCCGGAGCUAUUACGGCGGUGAUGGAUGCGAUCGGUGCUGCUUCUGUCUACUCCACCGGCGAUGGACUCCAUUCUUCUGUUGAUCUCAACGCUUCGUUUUAUUCAGCGGCCAAGAUUCAUGAAAAAGUAGAGGUAGAAGCACGAGUGAAGGGGACCAAUGGAAGGCUAAAAUCAUCUAUGAUUGAGAUUAGAAGAGAAAGAGAUGGAGAACUCAUAGCCACAGGAAGGUUGUGGAUGGCUCCACUUGUACUCAAAGCCAAACACACUGCUUCUUCUAAUCUUAUGGAUGACUCACUAUCAGAAUUCACACACAAUUCGCCAGAGAAGUCAGAAGGCCACCACAACCACAAGCAAUUUCAGGGAGGCACAUGCAACAUGUGGGAAAUUUUGACUCUUUACGGAAAGAGGCUUCUUCUACAAAAGCAUAAUCAUAGCUCUUAAAAUAGAAAAUUUACUGAACAUAUAUAUAUAUAUAUAACCUUAGUGUUGUAUACUUCAACAAAUAAACAGCUAUUAGUGAUUCAGGAAAUGAUACUAAAUAUAAA